GUGUAAAUACCAAAAAUGGAGAGACCCUUUAAGAAAAAAAAGGAAGUUGUUUGUACGCAGGAUAAAGGCACACGUGCGAGUGAGCAAGGUGCAAACAAACCAAACCAAACCCUCAAAAAUCCACUUUCCUCUUCAUGUAGAUUCUUCCUUCGCAACUCGCUCUCGCAACUCACCCUUCACUCGCCCGAGUCCAACCUCAUGGCGAAUAACCCUUCCGACGCUCCCGCCGACGACUUCCUCGAGCAAAUCCUCGGCCUCCCCACCUUCGCCUCCGCCGACUCCGCCUUGGCCGCCGCCGAUGUCGCCCUCGCCGCCGCGCCUCCCAUGAUGCUCCAGCUCAACUCCGCCGACGCCAACGCUCACCUCGCCGGCGCCGCCUUCCACGCGCCGGUGUACCAGCUAGGGUUGAGCCUGGACCAAGGCAAAGGAGCGUUCAUGAAGCCCGAGGAAGCCUCCGCCAGCGGAAAGCGCUUUCGCGACGACGUCGUUGAUGCUAGAGCUAAGAAUGUUUAUCAUGGGCAACCCAUGCCUACUAGUAUGCCUUCUGCUCCACAUCCUCCCACAAUACGUCCUAGGGUGCGGGCAAGAAGAGGGCAGGCUACGGAUCCACACAGCAUAGCUGAACGGUUACGCAGGGAAAGAAUAGCAGAAAGAAUCAGGGCAUUGCAAGAACUGGUUCCUAGUGUCAACAAGACGGAUAGAGCUGCCAUGUUAGAUGAAAUUGUGGAUUAUGUCAAGUUCUUAAGGCUUCAAGUGAAGGUUUUGAGCAUGAGUAGAUUGGGUGGAGCUGGUGCAGUGGCACCACUUGUAACUGACAUCCCAUUAUCGUCAGUUGAGGAAGAAGGUGGUGAAGGUGCGAGAAACCGACCAGCUUGGGACAAGUGGUCAAAUGAUGGAACAGAACGACAGGUAGCUAAGCUCAUGGAAGAAAAUGUUGGUGCUGCCAUGCAGUUUCUUCAAUCAAAGGCGCUCUGCAUAAUGCCCAUCUCACUGGCUUCGGCAAUAUACCAGUCACAACCACCGGACACUUCAAGUAUAGUGAAGCCUGAAACUAAUCCUCCUUCAUAGGCCUCAGGCACAUGUUGCAGAAUCUAUUAUUGGUUCCACCACGGGCUCACCUAAUACUGCUGGGACCCACGCGCUAUUUGUCUGUUCCAAACCCCCAUAAAUAAGUCAUUGGCAAGCAUCUAGUUGCAAUCAAAGUCAGAUGCCAUAAUUCUUCCUUUUUUGCCUUUCUUUCAGCUUUUGUCCAUACAGGGUUGGAUGUCAAUGCCUUGGAAAAUACAAGCAGACCCCUAUCUAUCUUUCUUGUCUUGCCGAGUUUCAAGUAGAGAGGAAGAAAUUGUCAAAAGUUGAAUUGAUAUGCCCUUCUUUUUUUGUGUCAAUGGCCAAUGGGUGGGGGUAGUGGACCAUGAUGUAAGCGCUUUUAUAGUGGGGCUUAGUUUUUGUAGUGGGCUGUGGGACCUUCCAAAAUGUUAGAGUGGUGUGUAUACUUUUAAUAGUGAAGCUGAAAUGAAAUGAACAAUAGUUGCUUUAAGAAUGCUGGGCGUUGCUGAGUCCUGCAAAAAAUGAUGGUGCUUUUUGUUUGUUUAGGGCGUGCAAAAGUAAUUGGACGACUUUUCCCCAUUCUUCUGAAUCAUUAUUAGAUUUUGAUUCAUCAGAGAGAAAUGGAAGGACUGAGUUGUAAGUUGUAACCUUAUUCAACUCAAGUGACAGCAAGUCUUCUCUCAACUCAUCAUGUACGUUAAACAAUACUUCACUAAUUACUACUUGGAACAUAUCACAUC